CCCGGUCGAUAAACGUCAAAAUAACGUCAUGUCAAACACAAACCAGCAUGUGUUUUUCGUUGAUUUUCUAUCAUCCGAUAUUCAAUAGUUUCACGGAAAUUAAUUCGUAAUAAUUUAGUGCUAAUUGUUUGUAUAAGGCGAGAAAAUGGUUCGACAUAAUAACCAAUUACCGGACAAUCUGCCACAGUUGCAGAACCUGAUUAAAAGAGAUGCCGAGUCGUACCGGGAGGAAUUCCUUCAGCAAUAUCAGCACUUUCUGAGUGUUUUGGAAAUCUUCAGAUUGGAACCGGACAAGGAAAAUAAAAGUCUUUGUGAAUCCAUCAUGUUUUUAGCCCAGGUGGCCCAAUGUUAUGUAGAGGAACUGAAAACAUUUCCACAGACGAUCGUAGAUUUGCUGAAGACCCAUUCUACUACCCUGGAUCCGGAAAUGAGAAACACAUUCUGCCGAGCACUUAUUUUGCUGCGUAAUAAGAAUUUGAUAUCGCCUCUGGACUUGUUGGAAUUGUUUUUCCAACUGUUGCGUUGUCCUGAUAAGGCGCUUCGAAAAUUCCUGGAAAACCACAUCAUAACUGAUAUCAAGAACAUGAACGCCAAGCAGAAAGAUAUGAAGUUAAAUUCCACUUUGCAAAAUUUCAUGUACACAAUGUUGAAAGACGCAAAUCCGAAGGCAGCCAAAAUGUCCAUCGACAUAAUGAUUGAGCUGUAUAAGAAACGGAUUUGGAACGAUGCAAAGACUGUGAACGUCAUUGCGACGGUGGGGUGUUUCUCGAAGGUUACCAAAGUGAUGGUAGCAUCCUUGAAAUUCUUCCUGGGUACCGAUGAGCAAGAGGAAAACUCUGACGAUGAUAGCGAUAAGGAGGUGGACUUAAAAGGAGCCAUCAUGGUCAAUCGAGUCAACAAAAAGACGAAAAAGCGCAAAAAGCAACUGGAAGCGGCCAAGAAACUAUACAGCCAAGCGCAGAAAAAGAAAACCAAGGCCGUAUCAUUUAAUUUCUCCGCGGUACACUUGAUUCACAAUCCGCAAGGAAUGGCCGAAAACCUGUUCAAGCAGUUGCAGAACGGCAACGAACGGUUCGAAGUUAAAUUGAUGCAUCUGGAUGUGAUUUCUCGGCUGAUUGGAAUUCACGAGCUGUUUCUGUUUAGCUUCUAUCCUUACAUAACACGGUUCAUUCAGCCUCAUCAGCGUCAAGUCACGAGAAUUCUGCAGUUUGCUGCUCAAGCUGCCCACGAGCUGGUACCGCCGGAACUGAUCGAACCCGUCAUCAAAACAUUAGUGAACAAUUUCGUCAGUGAACGUAAUUCCAGCGAUGUAAUGGCCAUCGGUUUGAACGCCUGUCGAGAAAUUUGCGUUCGCUGUCCUCUAGCAAUGAACGAAGACUUAUUGAGGGACUUGACCACAUAUAAGAAUUACAAAGAAAAAUCGGUCAUGAUGGCAGCCAAAUCGCUGAUACUGCUGUAUCGCGAACAAAUGCCGACCCUCUUGGCGAAGAAGGACCGAGGUCGUCCAACGGAAGCAAGUGUAGAAAUAAAGCCCAAGAAAUACGGCGAGGUUCAGGCAAUGGAUCACAUCCCGGGAACGGAGGCAUUGUUAAAUGCUGCCCCAGCGCUCGAGGUGAACGAGGAGGCAGAUGACGACGACGAGUCGGAUUCUGAUGGCGACUGGGUGGACGUUGAUAGCGACGACGAGAUUUUAGAGGAAAAAAAGAAAGGAAUUACGAUGAUCAAGAAAUCGAAACCAGAAGAAGAUGCUUCGGAUGAAGAAUCAGAAAAUGAAGAAGAUGAUGGAGAAUGGGAAACAGAUUCUGAAGCAGAUAGCGAUGAAGAAGUGGAAGACGAAGAAGAGGAAAAAGCGAAUCAAUCGCAUAAAAAUACUAAAAAGAAGGCAUCCAAUAACCAAAACAACUCAGGAUCAAAAUCUUCUGAACAAGGAUCUUCAGCUACAACGACCCUAACAUCAAAAGAAGCCAUCCAGGAGCUAGCUCUGACAAAGAUCUUUACCGAUGCCGAUUUCCAGCGUAUCGAACAGGAGCAAGUUAAGAAAAAGAUGACCCACAACUCUCGUAAGCGUCAACUGGAUAAGGAGAAAAGCGAAUUCGUCAAGCUGGACGACAUCGAGAUGAUUUACAAGAAGCGCAAAACGGACAAGGAAGCGCGAAUUGAAAGCAUGAAAAAGGGCCGCGAGGGACGGGAAAAGUUUGGUUACAAGGACAACCGGCACGAUCCGUUCUGUUCGAAGACGAACACCGAAAAGCGGAAGAACAAGAACUUCAACAUGAUUCGGCACAAAGCGCGCGGAAAAGUGAAGAAAUCGUUCCGCGAGAAGCAGUUGGCUUUGAGGAAGCAUCUGACCCAUAUGAAGAAGAUGAAAUAAGUCUAACUUUGUUGAAAUAAAAUUUUACCGAUACAGUGUAAA